CUGGGUGCAAUCGCAUUUAGGUGACUCAUUGCUCCCUCCCCUUUUUCGCCCAGCUUUCUCCCGGCCGUCCCUCGCAUCACGUGCCUUCCUGGCCGCUUCCCCCCCCCCCCCAACCAGAACCCUUUCCAAAGGCCCGAAGAAACUGCUGAAAAAUGUCGUGAGGGACGUCGCCCCUUUGCGGCUGCCUCUCAGAACCAGACCCCGGGAGUGCCCACCGCAGUCAGCGGUUCCUCCAGCGGAGUCCUCCUGACGGAGGGCCGAAAGCACUCGGCGCGCCACUGGAAUUUUUCCGCCACACCCGCGAGGGCUCCGGGCGAUGUGAACUCGAGGGGGCUGUGCUCCCAGGCCCGGUGCUGAGGUGGGCGGGCAGGUGCCUGGGAAGCCGCGGCCCGGCGGGAUGGAGGAGAGCAUGGAGGAGGAAAUGCUCACCUACGAGGCAAUGAUGGACUACCAGAAUCACAACAACUGGGAGGCCGCCGCAGACAGCUUCCGGCAGCCUCCGCCGGCCCCGCCGCUGCCCCCGCAGCCACCACGGCCCUCGUCGUCCAUCCCGGAUCCAGGCCACGAACUCCCGGGGGGACAGCUGCUGGCUGUGCACGCGGGCUCCUUGGAGAGGAAGUGUCCUAAGGAAGGGCUCCCGAUGGGGUCUCCGCCCUUGCCUGAGCCAAACGGGGUGAUUAUGAUGUUGAAGAGCUGCGACGCAGCCGCGGUGGCCAAGGCGGCCCCUGCCCCCACACCCAGCUCCACUAUCAACAUCAACACCUCCACCUCCAAGUUCCUAAUGAAUGUUAUAACAAUUGAAGAUUAUAAGAGCACAUACUGGCCAAAAUUAGAUGGUGCCAUAGAUCAACUUUUAACCCAGAGUCCUGGUGACUACAUACCUAUCUCCUAUGAACAGAUUUACAGUUGUGUGUAUAAGUGUGUGUGCCAGCAACACUCAGAACAGAUGUACAGUGAUCUGAUUAAAAAAAUAACCAGCCACUUAGAGCGAGUUUCCAAGGAGCUGCAGGCCAGCCCUCCAGACCUCUAUAUUGAAAGAUUUAAUAUAGCUCUGGGCCAGUAUAUGGGAGCAUUGCAGAGCAUCGUGCCUCUUUUCAUAUAUAUGAAUAAGUUUUACAUAGAAACUAAGCUUAACAGAGACUUAAAAGAUGACCUUAUAAAACUGUUUACGGAACAUGUUGCAGAGAAGCACAUUUACAGCCUAAUGCCUUUACUUUUAGAAGCCCAGUCAACACCAUUUCAGGUCACACCUUCAACUAUGGCAAAUAUUGUGAAAGGCCUGUACACUCUCAGACCAGAAUGGGUUCAGAUGGCUCCGACAUUGUUUUCUAAGUUUAUUCCAAACAUUCUGCCCCCAGCUGUGGAAUCUGAACUUUCUGAGUACGCUGCCCAAGAUCAAAAACUUCAAAGAGAACUUAUACAGAACGGUUUUACCAGAGGCGACCAGUCCCGGAAGAGAGCUGGAGAUGAGUUGGCUUAUAACAGUCCAUCUGCUUGUGCAAGUUCCAGGGGGUAUAGAUAGUGACUGUCGAACUAUGUUUCUCCCAGGAGAAGACACACUGGAGCUACAGAAACUGUUCCGGGCACAGUGAGGCCUGCACCACUCAGGAGCUCUGUCAAAGGCUGUUCUCAGAGAGGAUACCAGACUUCUUUCUUUGAUUUUCAGUUUUUAAAAACAAGAACUAACAAAAACAAUUGCUGCUAGACUGGGGGGGGAUGUGAUUUUGAAAUGGGACAAUCUUUUAAUCUACAAGCAAGUGUUUUGGAGAGUGGCCGUUGCUAAAGUGAAGCUCAACAUUUGAAUCAGCUUCCUCCAGAAAUACAAGAACAAACGAAAGAAUCUUUUUUUUUUUUUUAAAGCACUCAUCUUGUUCAUUUGUGGACUUGGAACAUGGUGUCUCAUGUCAAGAUAUCUUUGCUUAAAACCAAGCAGAUGUUAUAAUACAGUGUUUUCACCCAUGGCCCAAACAAUCUGUUUUAAAUUCAGAUUGGUCUAUGUUUAGCAGUUAGUCUUGUGGAGGAAAAUGCUAACAACUGCUUUCAUUAUUACUUUCCCUAUCAAUUCCCGUUUUCAACUGUGUGCCUUGAGCUUUGUGCACUUUGCAGCUGUGUGACCAUGUCAUCAAUCUCACAAUGCUUCCUGGAGAAGUUGGUAUCUCACAUUGGCCCACCAAAGCCUCUGGUAUGGCUUUGUGUUUGUAGCAGAACAAACCUGAUUUAGAAAAUGGAAGCACUAGAGGCUAGUCAGAAUUCACCCUAUUGUCCCAGCUCUCAUGGGGACCAACUCUGAAUGGUUUCCGUUCUGCUAUCCCCUCACCUGAUCUCAGCCUUGAGUCGGGUGGAGCCCUGGUUUUGGGCUAUGAUACUGUAGAGGUUGCCCAACAGUGGGGGCUGCUCCCUGGGUCCCUCUUGGGAUGAAUAGUUUUUAAAGCCAAAUAUGGUGAAUAGUUCUUGGUCCAUCUCAUUUUAAUGGGUGCAUUUAAUAUGUAUAAAAGGUCAGCUCCACCCUUCAUCUUGUAAACAUCAUGUUUGAUAUUUUAGUGCAACAGGGAGAGUUUGCACUGUUGUUUGAAGGCUCCUUUUAGUUGUGGUAAAGCUGUAUUAACUGUUUGACUACACCAAUAGUGCUCUUUAGUUCUUCACAAAAGUCUGAAGCUUAUCUAGUUGUGUUUCAAUAAUAAAACUAGACAGGGCAAGGGAAAAGUAUUUUAUUAAUUUUGCUUGAAUGUGAAGUGAGCAUUGGCUUUGUGUUACCAGGCUCCAUCUGACAGUGAUGCUGACCAUUCAGAGAAUGGCGCCCCAAGCUACUGCUAUCAACUCGAUGGGCAGCAGAGUUAGAAAUGGAACACCAGGGACAGGAACAUUACCCAGUAGCAGUCCUGUGUUUGUAAACAAUGUUCCAGGGGAGGAAUAGUUAAGAUUUGACAGCUUGAUUCUUUCAGGUACUUGUCUGCAGUUGGUAGAAUUUAUGGGGGGGUGGUUUAAUUGGCUUCAUUCCAUUUGGAUUAUAUUGAAGAAUCUGAGUAGGGACAAGUGGACUCUAUGGUUUGCACAGCUUUUUCUUCUCUAAUGUUGAGGGAAAAGUUUUCAUUUUAUCAAAAAGCCCAGUUUACUUUUUCUGAUGGAAUGCUCACCAGAGUUGUAAAUAUCAUUUUGAACUGGUUUCUUCUAUACAGCUUUAAUAUUUUUGACAAUAGUAAAGUUGGAACAUUUCUUGAAACAUAAUAGUUUAGUGGUUCCGUGUCUUAAUUAUACCCUCCUCCCCACAGGAGAGAGUGUUCUUCUUUUUCUCCAAAAGAACUUUGGCUAUAUAAAAGCAUUAUAUUAAAUAAAUUGGCAUUAAGUGGGUGCUUUUGUGUUAGUAAAUUAAUGGAGAAAUAGUUAUACUAAUUCUGUGUUAGCACAAAAUAGGCAGAGGAAAGCCUGUGAAAUUACUCUCUGAGUCAAAGCUGGGUACCACUGCUGGUACUGAAAGGCAUGGGGAAAGUAAGUGUGCUCCUGAUGGAUGUGUCCUGGUGCUUAAGUUAAGCAAGGUUUUACAGAUUGUAAAACUUCAGGCAAAAUUGGUACUUCUUGUUAAUUGAAAUAUUUACAGAAGUCUUAGUCUCCAACUAUGAGGAAAUAAAAUCUGUUCUCUCUCA